CCGACCCGCCCUUGGGAGGAGGAUCCCGGGGACCGGAGCAGCCACGCGGUGGGGAGGCAGAGCAGCCACCCGCUGAAAAGGCGAGGGUCUUGUUGCUGGGGACAGGGCCGCGAUCACCCUCCAACAGCCCAGGUCUCCAAGCCUCUGCAGUCGGAGCGGAAGGGGCGGAACCACAGCGAACAAAGCGCACAAGGUCCAAGGUGCCGCCCUAGAGACCCUGGGCCCAUACUGGGCGCAGCUGCCUCUUCGCCUCUGCCUGUCCGUCUUUGUUUCUGUGUCUGUCUAGCUGUUCCCGAGCUUGUCCCACUCCAGAACUAAGACUCCCCUAGGCCAAAAGCCCAAGGCUCCCCUCCUGUUUCCCAUGGCAGGCUACUUGCCCCCCAAAGGCUAUGCCCCUUCGCCCCCACCUCCCUACCCCGUGGCAUCUGGAUAUCCAGAGCCGGUGGCUCUGCAUCCUGGACCGGGACAAGCUCCAGUGCCCACUCAGGUGCCUGCCCCUGCUCCCGGCUUCGCUCUCUUCCCCUCGCCAGGCCCGGUGGCUCCAGGGCCUCCUGCUCCUUUCGUGCCAUUGCCAGGGGUGCCUCCUGGCCUCGAAUUCCUAGUGCAGAUUGAUCAAAUCUUGAUUCAUCAGAAGGCUGAACGAGUGGAAACGUUCCUAGGCUGGGAGACCUGUAAUAGGUAUGAACUUCGCUCCGGAGCCGGACAACAACUGGGUCAGGCAGCUGAAGAGAGCAACUGUUGUGCCCGCCUGUGCUGUGGUGCCCGCCGACCACUUCGUGUUCGCCUAGCGGACCCUGGGGACCGCGAGGUGCUCCGCCUCCUCCGCCCACUUCAUUGUGGCUGCAGCUGCUGCCCCUGUGGUCUUCAGGAGAUGGAAGUCCAGGCUCCACCUGGCACCACCAUUGGCCAUGUGCUACAGACCUGGCACCCCUUCCUUCCUAAGUUUUCCAUCCUGGAUGCGGAUCGCCAACCUGUUCUACGAGUUGUAGGGCCUUGCUGGACCUGUGGCUGUGGUACAGACACCAACUUUGAGGUGAAGACAAAGGAUGAAUCUCGAAGUGUGGGCCGCAUCAGCAAGCAGUGGGGAGGGCUGCUCAGAGAAGCCCUCACGGACGCCGAUGACUUUGGCCUCCAGUUCCCAGUCGAUCUAGAUGUGAGAGUGAAGGCAGUACUGCUGGGAGCCACGUUCCUCAUUGAUUAUAUGUUCUUUGAGAAGCGAGGAGGCGCAGGACCCUCUGCCAUCACCAGUUAGAAGCCACCUCAGGAUGAGGAGACCCAUCUCCUGGACCAGAAUUUAAGAUGGUCGGCUGCUCUGGACGUUCCCUCCUGAAGCAACCCUUUCCUUGGCAUACACUGCGGCGGACCGACGAGGGUGGCCGAGUGGUUGGGAGCCGUUGUGUCCCAUCCCUUCCCUCCUUCACCUGUGGCCCUGCAGAGGAGCAUGUAUGAGACCCUUUCCUUCUUGUGUUCACCAUCUCCCGGCAGUGCCUGUGCACACAUUAGCUUUUAAACUUCCCUGCCCACUCCUUCCAGCCUUCCUCUGGGGCCUCUGCACAGGCAGGGGCGUCUGGAAUCCUGGACUUGUGUUUUACCCCAGGGCUUUUGGGUAAAAUGCAAGCAGUACCAAAGAUGGCAGACACCGCCCUUCCCUUAUGGCACUUUAGCCAAUUAGUUUAGCUUCCGAUUGUGGCACUCUGAGGGGACCCCUGCCUCCUCACUAAUAGCUGUAGCGGUUGGGCCCCAGUGCCAACUCCCUAAGCCCCUGGGCCCUGCGGGUGCUUUCUGCAGCUUCCUGUGCCUUAUUUAACCGUUAACCCCUUCCUUCCCCUACUGUAGGAAGGAGGCUGUGUCUUUGUAUGUUGUGCUCAUAUAAACUUUGAAACUUUUUAAA